AUGUCUUGUCGCGCGCGCGCGUACGACCUUAUCGGGGCCUCUCAGAGCACCGCCGAAGCACGGGCUAACACCGAGCGCGAUCCGAUCGGCAGCAUGGACAACGCGGAGCAGGACGUUACCCUGCCCAAGUUUCAUUUGCCGGAAUUUAGCAGGCGGUAUGAGGAAUGGCCUGGGUUCGCGGAUCAAUUUAGAUCGGCCGUGCAUGAAAACGCGCGUCUCAACGACUGCAAAAAAUUGCUAUAUCUGAGGUCAUGCUUACGGGGAGAGGCCGCGAAGAACAUCGAAUCGCUUCCGAAUUCUUCAGCAAAUUAUCGAUGCGCGUGGGCACUGCUCGAAAAACGAUACAAUAAACCGGCGGUAAUUGUAGCCAAUCAUAUUAGCGCCCUUUUUAACGUGAAACCAGUACCGAAAGCGAACCAUCGUGAUCUUCGACAGUUCCUCACGCAUAUAGAAUCGCAUCAUCAAGCGCUAACCACGAUAAAUCAGCCGUCGGCUGAUACGCUGAUUAUUCACCUGUGUCUCUCACGAUUAGACCAAGAAACGAAUCUAAAAUGGAAGGAACAUACGCGUAACACGUCCUUCCCCACGAUGGAAGAGUUAAUUGAAUUUCUGCACAACAGAUGCCAAGAUUUAGAGCCAUCCGUAACCGUAGUCAACGCACCGCGCAACAACCCGUAUAACGAGUCACGGGAUAAAAAAUACCACAACACGAACAACGUCGCCAUGCCGCGAGUCUACGCCACGCAAAACGGGAACACGUGUAGCGUCUGCCACGGGUCCCAUUGUACAUACGCAUGCGAAAAAUUAUUAAAAGCACCGAUCGCCGAGCGUAUCAAAUUGAUAAAGGAGAAGCGAGUGUGCUUUAAUUGUUUACGGAAGGGACAUUCGGUCGCGGAAUGCAAAUCCAGCACGUGCAGGGUUUGCCAAAAAAAACACAACACACUAUUACAUAUAGAGCCAGCUAACGAGCCACAGCCCGCUACGUCGCGAGUCAACAUAAGCUGCUUAAAAACAAAUUCAGCAGCACAAGUGCUUCUUGCCACCGCGGUAAUAGACAUAGUAGACAAUCGCGGUCAGUCGCAUCAAUGUCGCGUACUUUUAGACUCCUGCGCGCAAUCUCAUUUCCUCACACAGAAAUUCGUAGACCGCGCGAAAUUAAAGACAGAAAAGGUCGAAAUCCCGAUCACCGGCAUGAACCGAAUGACCUCACAAAUUAAUCACUUCACGACCGCACGGAUGAAAUUGCGAACUACAGCUUUCUCUCAGGACCUCGGAUUUUUAGUGGUGAAGGAAAUCGCGGAUAUAGUUCCAUCCAUGGAAAUAAAUAAAAAGGACUUGGAAAUCCCGAAACACGUCCGACUAGCAGAUCCAGAGUUUCAUACUCCAUCAGAAAUUGACGGUUUAGUAGGCGCGCAGUUAUUCUGGAAAUUACUUUGUAUCGGCCAAAUCAAAUUAGCUUCCCCGUACAUGUAUUUACAAAAAACGAUAAUAGGGUGGAUAGUGGUAGGAGAGAUACACGCACGACAAGAACCUCCAAGGGUCAGAUGCUGCGUGACGUUAAACGCGUUACAAGAGCAGCUCAGCAGAUUCUGGGAGAUUGAGGAAGGUCCGCGUGAGCGAUUGCUGUCCGCGGAAGAAAGCGAAUGCGAAACGCAUUACAAGGAAAACACGCGUCGCGAUCCGGAGACGGGACGAUACACGGUAAAGCUACCAUUUAAGGCCACGGUACAAAAUCUUGGAGAAUCGCGCACGACGGCAUUAAAACGGUUCGAAGCGUUAGAACGAUCUCUAGCGCGCAAUCCCCAGUAUCGCGAACAAUACAAUGGGUUCAUGCGGGAAUACGAAAGCCUCGGCCACAUGACCAAGGUACAGUCGAGCCCACCCUCCGAAGGCUACUACCUGCCGCAUCACGCAGUGCGAAAGGAGACGAGCGUAACUACCAAAACCCGGGUAGUCUUUGAUGCAUCAGCAAAAUCGUCAACGGGCAUUUCGUUAAACGACGCGUUAAUGACCGGCCCGACCAUUCAAGAGGAUCUAUUCUCUAUCGUAGUCCGAUUUCGAAAAUACCAGUACGUUCUCACAGCCGAUAUCGCGAAGAUGUAUAGACAGAUAAACGUAGACGAAUCGGAUCGAAAAUACCAAAAAAUAUCAUGGCGCGACGAUCCAACGAAACCAAUCGCCACGUACCUUUUAAAUACGGUCACAUACGGAACCGCGUCGGCAUCAUAUCUCGCGACCAAAACAUUGCACCAGCUUGCCGAAGACGAUGGGCACACACAUCCCAUCGCCGCGGCAGCCUUCCGAUCCGACUUUUAUGUGGACGACUUGUUAACCGGUGCAGACAAUUUUAAAAACGCGCUACACCUUAGAGACGAGCUCAACGGUCUCGCGGCCAAAGGGGGUCUCGAACUGCGACAAUGGUCGUCGAACGAAAAGGGUCUACUACCUGCGUCGGCGGCUAGCGACGAUGCAUCCGCGCUGACGAUUCGAUGCGAUAAAGAAAAGAAAACGUUAGGUUUAUCGUGGCAUCGUGAGCAGGACGUUUUUAAAUAUGUGGUGACUCGUAGUGACGCACACAAUCAAGUCACGAAACGGGUCAUAUUAUCACGCGUCGCCAAACUGUUUGAUCCGUUGGGUUUCCUCGGCCCGACGAUCAAGGCCUACGUGGCAAUAUUUGUUUGCCUCGCGACAAGGGCCCUACACGUGGAACUAGUAAGCGACUUGACCACGGAAGCAUUCUUAGCAGCAUUAAAGCGAUUUUUUGCAAGACGGGGAAAAGCGGCUCACAUGUUUUCCGACAAUGCCAAGACCUUUGUUGGGGCUGCCCGCGAAUUGCGCGAAGUACACAGGUCAUUCAUUCAAGUCACAACCAAUCCCGUUAUACGGGAGUACAUGGUGACCGAACAAAUAAAUUGGCAUUUCAUACCACCACGCGCCCCUCACUUUGGCGGAAUUUGGGAGGCCGCGGUAAAAUCGGUAAAAUCGCACUUAAUUAGAGUAGUUGGUAAGACGGUACUAACGUUUGAAGCCAUGAAUACUUACUUAGUCGAAAUAGAGUCCAUAUUAAACUCGCGUCCUAUCACUCCACUAUCCUCCGACCCAAGGGACCUAUCCGCCCUCACCCCUAGUCAUUUCCUCAUCGGUGACGUAAUAGCAAAUAUUCCGGAGCCAAUCGUACCGCAGCUGCCAGCGAACAGGCUGAAGAUGUGGUCACACGUCCAGCAAAUGAGACAACAUUUCUGGACGCGCUGGCACAAGGAAUAUUUGCACCAGUUAAAUGUUCGCAGCAAAUGGCACAACAACAAACCCGUGGACGUAAAAAUCGGCACUUUAGUGAUCAUCAAGGAGGAUCACCUACCGCCCCACUGCUGGCCACUUGGACGGAUCACAGCCCUACAUCCUGGAGAAGACCAGAUCGUCCGUGUCGUGACCGUAAAGACAAUUGGGGGCGAAUACAAGCGGUGCAUUAAGCACCUCUCGCCGUUGCCCGUGGAAAUCUAA